CUGUUGCUAACUUCGCGUCACGCCAUCUUGUUUGUUCCAGUCGACGGUCAAGCGUCUUCUUCCACAAGCGUACGGUUUUUCUGUGUACGUAAUUCCGUACAAUAUUCAACUAAAAUAAGAAAAGCAGUUUCCUUCUUUUUCUUAAAAAAAAAAGUUGAGUCAUAAAAUGGCAAAUAGAAGAUUCGGAGGUGGACCUAACAGAGGUAGUCGCGGUUUUCCUCAAAACGCGAACGUAAAUCCUUGGCAGGGAAACAGUGGCCCCACGGCGGGGGUUAACUCAAUGGGCAAUCCCAAUUUGCAAACGCAGCUCGCCCUCGCUUUGAGUAGCUUACUUCAACCGCAACAAGUGAACGAUCCUCCAUCUUUACUCUCGCUUAACACCUCGUCGAGAAAUUUCAAUAACCAAGACAACUAUUCCAAUCGCCUCGGCGGCAAUAGGGGCCGUAAUGAUUUCAGGCGAACCGAACCUUACAACAAGAACCAGAGAUCCGGUGGUGGACGUGGUGGCUGGCGCAACGAAAAAGGUCAAAAUAGGGGGAACUCCCGCAAUCGUCCUUUUGGCAACAAUAAGUCGCAGGGCAAAGACGGUGGCAAGUCAAAGGCCGAUCGAAAGUCUUCUGAUAACAAGGCCUCACAAGGUUCUGCUGAGACUGCUACUCCCCAAAAACAUCAUGACGAUGAGAGUAGGGAAGAUGUUGAUAAGAAACGCGAUUGGAAGGAAGAGAAAAACGCUAGCGACGAGAAAGAAAAGGACGACUCCAAGGAAGCUGGAGAGAACGCGGAAAAAGUAACCAAGAAAGAUACCACAAAGUAUGAAGGCUUACCCAACAGUUUAUUCCACUGCUUUGUUUGCAAUAAAAGCAUGUGGGAUGGAGAUUCCUUCCAAAAUCAUAUUAGAGGCAAGGCUCAUAUUCAAAUGAUGGACAGUUUGGAAGAAAGUUUCCAAAUUACUGUUAAAAUCCUUCGCGAAAAUAUGCGCUUAGCUGAAGAAAAGAAGAUGAUCGAAUGGAGUCGCAUGCAGAGAAAUAGCCGCAAAUUUCAUCAACGCAAUGAGCCAGAAAGUCAUUGUAAUAUGUGCGAUUUGAAGUUUAUGGGGAAAAUUAUUGCCCAUAGAAAAACUGAAGGUCAUCAACGUCUUAAGAGAUUUUUACAUCCCAACUGUGACAUUUGCAACUUGGAAUUUCCGUCUCGUAUGGAAUGGGUUGAACAUAGAUUCACUCCAGAUCAUUUAUUUAGUUUGAAAGAGAAACUAAAUUCUACUACUGGAAACGAUAUUGAAGGUCAUAUAAUUGAAGAGGAAGUCGAAUGGGAUAAUGAUCCCAUUUUACAAGAAUCACUUCAAGGAGAAGAUGAAAAUCCCGUUCUUGAAUUGGAUGAUGACCUCGCUAAUUUAUACAACCGAGUUCCGACAUAUUUACCACAUAGACCUGUUGGUAAAAACAGCUUGACGAAACUUGAAGGGUUCUUUUGCGAUAUUUGCAAGAGAUUUUUACGUAAUGAAACUGAUUCUCAGAAUCAUUUAAAAAGUGAGAAACAUUAUCAUGAAUUUGUAAGCGCUGUGAAAGAUAAAUUCCGUGCUAAUGUUGAAAAGGAUGAAUUGGAAGGAAAUUGGAAGAGAAAGAAUAAAGGCGGAGAGGAAGGCGCUGAAGAAAAAGAGGACGAAGAAAAGGAAGGUUUAGAUAAAUCUCAAGACGAAAAUGCUGAAAAUGGAAGUGAUAUGUAUGAUCCUGAAGAAGCUUGCAAAGAUGAAGAGGAUGAAGAUGAAAAUGCUGGAGAAGUGAAAGAAGGUGAAGAAGGCGAGGAAACCACCAAACCAACAGCUGCUGUUGCUCAAGCGGAAGGGGUAAAAGCUGAACCUACCGCAUCAGAAGCCGUUGUUGAAGCUGAAGUGAAGGUUGAGGCUCAAUCACCAAAUACCAGACGUCGCACCAACGUUCGGAAUGGCGCAGGGCCCAAAAGCAAAAAAAUAAGGAAGAAUUGAAUAAGUUCAAAUCUAUAUAAAUAUAACAUUCGCAAUUAGAUUUAUUUUAAAGGUAAUUUCUUAUACUAUAUUGUUUUGUCUGUAGUUGUGGACAUUUAUUCUUUUUUUUUUUUAAAUGACUUAAACUGAUUGAAGCUGAUUGUAAUCGAGUAUUUUAUAGUGUAGUAAUCAUUUUUGUGAAAGUUCUAAUAAAUAAAAAUAUACUGAACGAAUAAAGCAAA